AGUAGCUCUCGUGUUUCCUCUUCCGGUGCGUGCGUGUAUUUGUAUCCGCGUCGCUUCCGUUUCCGCCUGGUCUCCGGCUGUCAAGAGUCCGCUGAAUUCAGAGUCUCAGAAGGCAGGAGGCCAAAGGUCUCCUUGCUCAGCAGUUUCUUGGGGUUGUUCUGGUACCAGAUCGGGAUGAUUGAAGUGGUUUGCAACGAUCGGCUGGGCAAGAAAGUGAGAGUGAAGUGCAACUCUGAUGACACCAUUAGGGACUUGAAGAAGCUCAUUGCUGCGCAGACUGGCACGCGGUGGGACAAGAUCGUGUUGAAGAAAUGGUAUACAAUUUUCAAGGACCAUGUUUCAUUGGCAGACUAUGAAAUUCACGAUGGCAUGAACCUAGAACUAUAUUAUCAGUAGUUUCAUUGAGGCAGAUGCUGCCUUUUCUAUGUCUGUUUCUUUCAUUCUUCAUUUCUCAUUUGACAAACUCUUGAUUGUUUGGUUGCAUGAGGUUUAGUUAAGAGUAUUGUAUUCCUGAGCACAAUAUACCAGGAAUGAAUACCAGGAAACUUGUAUUCAGGCUGUCUUUUAUUGUUUUGUUUUUUAAAAAAUCUUUAUAAUAAAUGUGACCCAAUAUGUGUG